AUGGCUGACCGCGAUGACGAGAUCCGCAGACUCCGGCUAGAGCUGGAGGCGGCCAGAGAACACCAACGCAAUACCUCGUACGACGAGUACUUACGAAUUUGCCACGAAGAACUCUUCAUAACCCUCGAGGUGCGAGGCCAACUCACAUUGACCGGGAGCGGGAUAACCAAUGUAACGGGCAAGCAUUAUCCACUCAUUCUUCGUCCUUGGGACGGAUUUCUUGACGAGCAGAGGCUGUGCCACGACAUAAUUACCGAAACUAUCUCAGGCUUCCUUCUGCCCUCCAAACUAGAUGUUCGUGCAAUAGCGCGAACCUCGAACACAAGACCGGUCCACAGCGAGGAGGACCUCAGAAUUUUUGAAUAUCUUGCUGUCGAAAAACCCGUGGAAAACAUAAUGUCCGUCUUUGGUCGACGUUCCCAAGAAAACCCUAACGGACGGGAGGUUGACUGCAAAGCAAUCUGGUUCGAGAACCAACCCUCCAGUCUGACGGAACCUGACGAUGAAGAUGGCGACGAGGUUGUUUCUGAAAAUGUGCAAGGGCAACCCGGUUCGAGGAAGAAGAGAGUGCUAGCUCGCAGAGGCUUGAGUAGAAAACGGCCAGAUAGGUGGGCUAUCUGUACCAGACUCUCAGGACAACAGUGCAUCACAUUCCCCUGCGAGUACAAAGCAGCACACAAAAUACCCGUCGAAUGUUUCCAGGAGGCCAUGGGAGAAGAAGACUUGUUUACUCGCGUCAUCUUGGGGGUCUUGAGCGAUAAAGUCAGCAACGAAGAUGAAACGAGUCUGCAAGGACAGAAGGAACUGCUAGUCGCCAAAGCUCUCACCCAAACAUUUGAUUACAUGGUCCACCUUGGCACUAGUUAUGGAUACCUGACCGCUGGAAAAUCUUUAGUUUUCCUACACGUUGGAGACGAUCCUCGGGUCCUGUACUACUACCUAUCCCAACCGGAGGCCGACGCCAAAGGUCCAGACGGGUCAAUAGAUCCAUUUCACACUGGUGUCGCUCAAUUGGCGGCGUUCUGCCUGCAGACUUGCCGGGACUCUGGUAAGCUUGAAUCUUGGAAAGAACGAGCCAUUCUGCAGUUGAAGAAGUGGCCGCAGCCAUACGAUGAGACGUGUGGUGCCACAACAGAGGAAGAAUCACCCCAGUCAACGAGCUCUGGCUCCUCUUAUACUCCGUCAAUCACUGCUGCACAAGAUCUUACAGUAGUGCUGCGGCGACGAACAAGAGCGUCAUGCAAGCCCGACCUCGAGCCGGGCACCAACGACCCCAGCGACGAUGACUCGGUUGGUGGUUCCAGUAGGCGGAUUCGCGGCCUUCAACCGUCGCUAGUAGUGGAGCUUCCAGCUCCCAAGAAGCAGAAGGACGUCACAUCAGAGAGCGAUGAACCUGGAAGCAGUGAGGUGGCGGAACUCGAGGCUCGCCCUUAUUGUACACAGGAGUGUAUGCUGGGUCUGAAGAGGAAUGGGCUCCUCGACGAGAAAUGCCCGAAUAUGACAUUGCAUCACCGUGCUUCUAGAGACAUGUCGCAUCCCAUCGAUGCAGCCUGCCUCAGGGAGCUGAUGCAGGAAGAACUGCGCCGGCCUGUCUAUCGCCUGCGUUCCAUAAAACGUUUGGAUGGCGAUGGAAAGUACGGAGCAACGGGGGCGCUUUUCAAAUUAUCGUCAAGCGAUUAUGGGUAUACAUUUGUUGGGAAAGGAACGUAUGCUGCGGCAGUCGAAAGAUUGCAGCACGAGGAGGAGGUCUAUAAGCGCAUUGAACCGCUGCAAGGCCGCUUCUCCCCCGUUUGCCUUGGCAGUAUCACUCUGGACACGCCCUAUAUGUUGCCGGCGGCCGACAUUGUUUACAUGUUGCUCAUGUCAUGGGCUGGAGAUGCGCUCACAGAUGACGAUGACGAUGACGAUGACUUCUUACCAGAGAUGCCAUGGGUUUCGGAAUUGCUUCGUCCGUACGGCGUCAUUCAUAACGAUUUGCGGCGGGAUAACUGUGUUAAGAACCAUGAGCUUGGACGGGUCAUGCUCCUCGAUUUCGAUCUAGCAUAUAUACUACCAGCGCCGCGGCACAGGCGAAUAGACAAGCUGUCUCACAAGAGAAAGAGACGUCAAGAGAGAGAGACGUUUGCGCGACCCAGCAGAGCCAGUAUCUCUUGA